AAGCAAUGUCAUCAGAGGAAGCUGAUGGAAGUAAAAGUGAAGAUGUUGAUCAAACCUCAACAGAAUGGAUGAAAGAAAGAGCUGAAAAAAAUCGUCAAAAAGCUUUACUUUUGAGAAAAACUAAACUCGUUGCUCAUCCCUAUGCCAAAGAAAGUGAAAAGAAUGGCACCUCUGGCAAGAGUAUCAAGGUACAAGGACAAAAAGUCAUUGAUACUGGUGGUGGUUUUCUCAUUGAGGAAGAUGAUGAUUUGGAAAAAGAAAUGCUUAAAAUACCAGAUGAACCAUUGUUGAUGAUGUUUGAUCUUCCAAGUUGUGAAGAAUGUGGAAAAGAAUUUAAUGAAUCAUAUUUAUUUGAAACAUUUGAUUUACCUGUUUGUAAUGCUUGUCGUGAUCCAGAUGAAAAACAUUCAUUAAUAACAAAAACUGAAGCUAAAGAUCAGUAUUUAUUAAAAGAUCAUGAUUUUGAUAAAAGAGAACCACCAUUAAAAUAUAUUGUUAGAAAAAAUCCACAUAAUUCACAUUGGGGAGAAAUGAAAUUAUAUUUACAUUUACAAAUUGAAAAAAGAGCUCUAGAAGUUUGGGAAAGUGAAGAAAAAUUAAUUGAAGAAAAAGAAAGACGUGAUAUUAAACGUCAAGAAACUAAAAUUAAACGUUAUAAUAAAAAAGUUAAACAACUUAGAAUGCAAGUUAGAAGUUCAGUUUAUGAUAAAACUAAAAAAGCAAAUCAUGUACAUAACUUUGGUCCAGAUACAUACAAUGAAGAUAAUGAUGAUUAUACUCAUACUUGUGUUGAAUGUAAUUAUGAAGAAACUUAUGAAAAAAUGUAAAAAUCAUCCUUAAUAAUAAUUAUCAUUUUAGUAUUAAUUUCAUUCAUUUGUAAUUUAUCAAUUUUUUUUUUUUUUUGCAUCAAGCAUUUAUUGCAUUAUUAUUUUUUUACUUUUAUUUAUACAGUAAUAAUAUUAAUAGAUGUUUAAUUUUUCAACGCGAAAUAUCAAUAAAUAAAAACUAAUAAAUUAAAAAAUGUUUUAUAAUUUAUUUUAUCUAAUUAUUAUCAUUAAAUUUAUCUUCAAUAAUUAACUAGUAACAAUAAAUUGGAUUUAUUUUUUAAUAUAUAUAUAUAUUUUUUUUUACAAUAUUAAUUUGUUAUUACAGAAUUAAUAAAACACACAAUUUUAAUCAUUCACUUCUAGUCAGUCACCGUAUCUGACAAAUUAAAAACAAUUCAUGGAAAAUUAAAAUUAUAAAAUAACAAAUAAGUUAUAUAAAAAACAAAAUGAAUUAAUAAAAUUUGUUUUGAACGGUGGCAAGACAAAUAUAUAUAAAAAAAAAAAAAAAAAAAUACAUCUAUAUAAAGACUAUAUAUGUUUUUAGUUAAAAUAAUAAUGUACAAGCAUUAUAUCGUCUUUUGUUUUUAAGUUUAAUUUAAUUUUUUAAUAAUUAUCUAUUUUAAUGAAAAUAUUGCCAACAAUAUAUUAAAUAUUGUGCGAUAAUUUAAUCCUUUAUUUCAAUUUUUAUUUACUUUUCUAACCAGUAUUCAGCACUAAGACAAUUAUUAAUAUUAUUAUUACAAUUAUAUUUUUUUUUUCUUCGAUGACUGUGUGAUGUUUUUUUUUUUUUAAUGAAUUUUUACCUGUACAAAUUUAUCGAACACAGUAGCGCGGUGUAAUUAAAAGAAAAAGAAAAAAUCAAUAGUAUUAUAAAUUAAUUGUAUUGUCACACUCAACAACCCUCACACAAAGAUCAAAUUGUU